CGGCGGGGCCCGCCCCAGACGCGCCGGUUGGAGCCGGUGCCUCGCGCUGCGCCGCCGGCUGCCGCGGGGACGGAGCGCGCGGACCCAGCGCCGCAGCGCGGGCGGGCCGGGGGGCGGCGGCGGCAGGAGUGUAUUGUAACCAUCCAGUGCUUAUUCAGCUGCUUUCCCUUGGGUGGGCCUGAAUGAAGACAAAUGUAAAGAUGGCAUGUCCAAGGAAUUUUAAAAGGUGUAGACCCCCUGACUGAGCAGUGCUGGUUUUUAUUCUCUUUAAUUAGUAAACUGCUGUUCGCUCCCAGGUGAAAGUCAUGAUCACGCUAACAGAACUCAAAUGCUUAGCAGAUGCCCAGUCAUCCUACCACAUACUAAAACCAUGGUGGGAUGUCUUCUGGUAUUACCUCACCAUGAUAAUGCUGCUAGUUGCUGUGCUUGCUGGGGCUCUCCAGCUUACUCAAACCAGAGUAUUGUGUUGUCUUCCUUGCAAGCUAGAAUUUGACAAUCAUUGUGCUGUGCCUUGGGAUUUAGUUAAAGCCAACCUUAACAUGUCAGCUAGCUCGACAGCACCAAUAAUCAUCCCGCUUAAAAUCCAGAAUUAUCUCCAUCGGCAGCAGUAUUCCUACAUUGAUGCAGUCUGUUAUGAGCGACAGCUUCACUGGUUUGCCAAAUUUUUUCCAUACCUAGUGCUUUUGCAUACUUUUAUUUUUGCAGCUUGCAGUAAUUUCUGGCUUUACUACCCUAGUACAAGUUCCAGGCUUGAGCACUUUGUAGCCGUCCUUCAGAAGUGUUUUGACUCUCCCUGGACAACGCGUGCCCUCUCAGAAACAGUUGCUGAGCAGUCUGCGAGGAAGUUGCCGAUAGCCAAAUCAAAAACAGUGAUUUCAUCACCUCAGAGUUCAGGAGACAUAGGGGCCAGCAGACAGUCCCUGCCAUAUUCACAACAUGGCUUGGAAACAACUGGAAGAGAAAAUUCAAGUGUUCUUGACAAAAAAGAAGGGGAGCAAGCUAAAGCUAUAUUUGAAAAAGUGAAGAAAUUCAGAGUACAUGCUGAAGAAAAGGAUGUCGUAUACACAGUGUAUAUGAAACAGAUUAUAGUGAAAGUCUUUGUAGUCGUCAUAAUAGUAAUUUAUGUCCCCUACUAUUUAUCAUUUAUUACACUUGAAAUUGAUUGUGUAGUUAAUGUUCAAGCCUUUACAGGCUACAAAAGGUACCAGUGUGUUUAUUCGCUAGCAGAAAUUUUUAAAGUUUUGGCUUCAUUUUAUGUUGUUUUAGUGAUUUUCUAUGGAUUAACUUGUACUUACAGUUUGUGGUGGAUGUUAAGGAGCUCACUUAAGCAAUACUCUUUUGAGAAGUUGAGAGAGAAAAGUAAUUACACUGAUAUACCUGAUGUGAAGAAUGACUUUGCAUUUAUUCUUCACUUGGCAGAUCAGUAUGAUCCUCUUUAUUCCCAACGAUUCUCAAUAUUCCUGUCUGAUUUGAGUGAAAAUGAACUCAAACAGAUAAAUCUUAACAAUGAAUGGUCAGUGGAAAAACUGAAAAAUAAACUAGUAAAAAACUCCCAAGACAAGACUGAACUUCACCUUUUCAUGUUAAAUGGUCUUCCAGACAGUGUCUUUGAACUGACAGAAAUAGAAGUCCUAAGCCUGGAACUUAUUCCUGAAGCCAAACUUCCUUCAGCUGUGACCCAGCUUGUCAACCUUAAAGAACUCAAUGUUUAUCAUUCAUCACUAACAAUGGAUUAUCCAGCAGUCAACUUUUUAGAAGAAAAUCUGAAAACCUUGCGUUUAAAAUCUAGUGAGAUGGGAAGAAUUCCAUUUUGGGUCUUUCAUCUAAAAAACCUACAGGAACUGUGUUUAACAGGAUAUUUCAUGCUAGAUCAUCACAAUUCCAUAUACAGUGAUGGCUUUCAGGGGCUAAAAAAUCUGAGGUCAAUUCACUUAAAAAACAACCUUUCCCGUAUACCUCAAGUGAUUACAGAUCUUCUGCCUUCUUUACAACACUUGUCUAUCAACAAUGAGGGAAAUAAACUGAUAGUGCUAAAUAACCUGAAGAAGCUGGUAAACCUGAGGACACUGGAACUAAUCUGCUGUGAUUUAGAGCGCAUUCCCCAUUCCAUUUUUACCCUAAACAAUUUGCAUGAAAUUGACUUAAAAGAAAAUAAUCUCAGAACAGUGGAAGAAAUAAUUAGUUUCCAACAUCUUAAGAAUCUUUCUUGCUUAAAAUUGUGGCACAACAGUAUUUCAUAUGUCCCAGUGCAGAUCGGUGCAUUAUCAAACCUGGAACAGUUGUAUCUAAACUAUAAUAAUAUUAAGAAUGUUCCAUUGCAGCUAUUUCUUUGUAGAAAAUUACACUAUUUGGAUCUUAGCUAUAAUAAGCUAACCUCCAUCCCUGAAGAAAUCGGUUAUCUGACCAACCUGCAGUACUUGGCUUUGACAAAAAACCAUAUUGAAACGCUACCUGAUGGAUUAUUUCAGUGCAAAAAGCUGCAAUUUCUUCUUCUGGGAAAUAACAGUCUGAUGAAUUUGUCCCCUUUUGUGGGUCAGCUACUGAAUCUUGUUCAUUUAGAGCUCAUUGGAAACUAUCUUGAAUCACUUCCUGCUGAACUGGAGGAAUGUCAGCUCUUAAAGCGAAAUAAUUUAAUUGUAGAAGAAAGGUUGUUAAAAACACUUCCACCUCGUGUAAGAGAGCGUUUGCAGGCAUGCUCAGAUAAGUCCUAAGUUUUAAAUUAAACUCUGCAUCAUUGCAUUCUACAAGUCUUGCUUAAUAUCUCUCUAAAAUCUGUAUAGGUAGAGAGGAGUGAAGGAGAGAGAGCAAUUUACGAAACAGUCUUUAAUGCAUUGAACUGAAUUGAUUGUAUUGGAAAAGAAAAAAUUAUUCACAUUCAAACAAAAGAUGCGGCCUUUUACAGGUAAACAUGUUUGAAUGUUGGAACAUGAAUUGUUGGUUAGGUUCUACUGAUUGAAAUAAUUCAGCUAAAUGUUUAUGGUAGUAUUGAAAAAGAAGACAUGAUUGCCUGGCUAUAGUGAGUGUAUAUACUUUUUUCCUAUGAGAAUUUUUUCUGUUGGUAGUGAUGAUUUUAAAUAGUUUUAUCUCCUGCCAUAUGAGGUCUAAGAACUGACUGGACUUAGUUUCUAAAUAUGAAUUUUCUAACUUAGGAUGUAUUAAAUUAAAAGUUUAAACUAUUUGAGCAGUUUAAUUGCAUGGGGUAUACCAAAAGUAAUUUGUCAACAUAACAUAAUUCUUAAAAGCUUUUGACAAGUACUAAGCAUUAAUUCUAUGAUUGUGGAAGAUGCCAUUUGAAUCUUGCUAUUAAAUACCUAGAACUGGUUUCAGCAUUUUAUCUUAAAAAUAGUAAAUACAAAAUUAAUUGUUGCCUAGAAAUUGGGAGGAAUCAGAAGAAUCUGAAGUAACUGUUGUGUGCGUGUCCCAGAGAACCAAUCUGACAUUACUGAUCUUCAGAAACAAUGAUGGCAAACAGAACACAGUGUAGUUGCAAGGUUGUCUUCUGUAUGUUGUGAGCAUCCCAGGUGUUAGUGUAGUGUAUGUUGCUGAUUAAUAUUUUUAUAAUUUCUCAUUACUGACUGCCUCAGUGCAGCUUCUCCACACCCAGUUAUUGGGGAGAGGAUGAAGGAGGUUUGAAGUUUGUAUUAGAUAGGGACAGAAAGACAGAUAAAACAAACUAAAUACUCACACAACUUUAUAAGCAUUUGAGAGGAAAAGACAGGAAGCAUUAUAAGCUUUGCCUCUUCUAGGGAUGUAAUAAUUCCAUAAAUCAUAGUGGUCGGAUAAAAUCUUAUGCCAUCCUUAAUACUUGCAAAACUGGAUGGAAAUAAAAUGUUUCCUGACUUCA